UUGGUUCUCCGGAGUCACGUGACCGGGCUCAGCAUCCUCCGCAGACUCCGCCAGGCUCGGAACCGUUUCUCCUCCAGGACUCAGUAUGGAGCACAACCGCUGCUGCUGAGGUCGCAGCUCCCCCCCGUCUCUUCUCAUCAUCUGCUCCCCCGAAUACAGCGCAGGUUAUGCCACCCCAAAGGCUUUCUGGAUUCCCACUCAAAGAGAAGGGCUGAUCCCGGGUCCCCCGAGGUUCCACCAGCUUUUGCGGCCCAUUUCCCUCCCUCCUAGCUUCCCGACUCACCCUGCCCUGACUCCUCCUCGGCCUCAGGAGACCUCUCAGCUCACUGUUUUCUCUCCCUCCACAUCCAUCUGAGUGACUGCGGAAGUCUUCUUCACCUACUGGCUGAAGGCCAGACCUCAUGGCUACAGGAGGUCGUGUCCAUGACAUAGACGUGUCCAUCAACCUGCAACAGGCUAAAGAAGGCGAGGAAGAUGAUGGCAGCUCAGUGGAAGAGCAAGAGGAGGAGGCAGAGGAAGACUGGGAGAAAGCGCUGUCAGUGGAGCGUUUUGGAGACAUCAUCGGCGACUCCACCUCUGCUGCCGGAGACAGGAUGGGCCGACAUUACACGGAGAAGGACUUCGAGUAUCACAGACACACCUUCCACCAUACCCACCACCCACUGUCCACCCACCUACCGCUUCCCACACGCUUGCGCAAGAGAGUCCACAGCACAGACCGGCGGCACAAAAAGAAGAGGAAGAAGAAAAAGACUUCACUGCCACCUUCCGAGGUCACGCCCACCAUCCACGAGGUAGAUGAGGAAGAGGCCGAGUCUGAAAAAGAUGCAGAGGAGAGAGCGGCCACGCCCACAGAGCCACCUGAAGUCCAGGCACAGUUUAGUUCGGGGAGCCAAGAGAACUUGGAAGAACCCCUUCCACUCGCGAACUUCCACACUGAAAAUGAGGAGUCUCAGUCGUCCAGCUCCUCCACACUGACUCUGACACUCGGGGACGUUCACAAUGAAGGAGACGAUACCGAUACCACCAUCGUCCAGAGGGGGACACUGGAUAGUGAAGGAGCAGAGUGUAACAGUUUUCAUCCAGGAUCGGAACUCUUUGGAUCCACCGCAACUCGGGGCUGGUUCUGCAGGAAGCCUAACCAUCAUCGUAUGGCGGGAACCCAACGAAGCAACUACGACCUGCGGGAGCGCAUCUGCAUUGGCAGCAUGACGGGCUUGGAGGCGGCCGUCUACCAGCAGGUGCCGACAGAUGAAGCAGAGGCCCAGAUGCUGGCCAGCGCAGACCUGGAUGACAUGAAAAGUCACAGAUUUGAGGACAAUCCUGGGGUGAGACGCCACCUGGUGAAGAAAUCUUCCCGAUGCCAGCUAAACCGGACCAGCAACAGUUCCACACCUCUGUCCAGCUUAAAGAAGAAGAAAAGGGCUGCGGAUAAGAAGACUCAUGAGUUAUUUGUAGAGCUGAACGAGCUGAUUGUGGAGAAGGAGCAUGAAAUGCGCUGGAAAGAGCGAGCCCGUUGGAUCAAGUUUGAGGAGGACGUGGAGGAGGAGACGGACCGUUGGGGCAAGCCGCAUGUGGCCUCGCUGUCCUUUCGCAGCCUGCUUGAACUGCGACGCACCAUCACGCACGGUGCCAUUCUUCUGGAUCUUGAGCAGAACACUUUGCCGGGUAUUGCCCAUUUGGUGGUGGAGACCAUGAUUAUCUCUGACCAGAUCCGAGCGGAGGACAGAGCGUGUGUUCUUCGGGCUUUGCUUCUCAAACACAGUCAUCCGAGUGACCUAAAACACAAAUUCCAUCGCCAUCACUCGUCCAGCAGUCUUCACGGCAGCUUUAACCACAACCAUGUGCAAGACUCAAAUCUGCCCCUGGUGGUUGAGGAACCAGAGGAACAGCAGGACGGCAAAGGAGUCUACGACCCCAAACAAGAUGUCUUCGUCAGCCUGUUUAAAUCCCUCCACCCUCUGCCCCCCGGGAGCCAUCCAGCUGCAGCCAGAUCCAUGAAACUCCUCGCCAAGAUUCCCAAAGAUGCUGAAGCUGUCAUUGUGUUAGUGGGUUGUGUGGAGUUUCUUGAGCAGCCGGCGAUGGCGUUUGUACGUCUGAAUGAGGCAGUGCUGCUGGAGUCUGUGCUGGAGGUCCCUGUUCCUGUCCGCUUCAUCUUCGUUCUCCUGGGCCCGAGUCAGAGCAACAUGGACUAUCACGAGAUCGGACGCUCCUUCUCCACACUCAUGUCAGACAAGAACUUCCAUGAGGUGGCGUACUUUGCAGACGACAGGCAGGACCUCCUCAACGGGAUCAAUGAGUUCCUGGACUACAGCAUCGUCAUCCCGCCCUCAGACAUCGAGGGUAAAGAUCUGCUGAAGACAGUUGCCGACUUCCAGAAGCAGAUGAUGCGCAAAAGGAAGGAGCGUGAGAUGAAGAAGCACGUGUCAGUCCCUGGAAUGGUGCUGGACAACAAAGAGGUGACUCCAGAAGAAGAGGAAGCCUCGGAUCAGGACGUAGAUCCGUUGAAGCGGUCUGGGAUCCCGUUCGGUGGGCUGAUCCACGAUAUCCGCCGGCGCUACCCGCACUACGUCAGCGACUUAAAGGAUUCGCUGGAUAUGCAGUGCGUGGCCGCCGUCAUCUUCAUCUACUUCGCGGCUCUGUCUCCGACUAUAACCUUUGGAGGCCUGCUGGGGGAGAAAACAGAAGGCAUGAUGGGAGUGACUGAGCUCAUCGUCUCCACCGCAGCACUUGGAGUGAUAUUCUCGCUGCUAGCUGGUCAACCUCUUCUCAUCAUUGGCUUUUCAGGACCUUUGCUGGUGUUUGAAGAAGCCUAUUAUAAGUUCUGCCAAGCUCAGAACUUUGAGUACCUCACUGGACGGGUGUGGAUUGGGUUCUGGCUGAUCGUCAUUGUGCUGGUGAUCGUGGCAGCAGAAGGCAGCUUCCUGGUCCGCUACAUCUCGCCUUUCACUCAGGAGAUUUUCGCUUUCCUCAUCUCGCUCAUCUUUAUCUAUGAGACCUUUUCCAAACUCUUCAAGGUGUUUAAAGAGCACCCACUGCUGUCCUGGUACCCCACUGACCCCACGCCGUCUCCUUCCUUUCAAGAUGUCAUCAACCAACCCAACACGGCGCUUCUGUCUUUGGUCCUGAUGAUCGGAACUUUCUUUCUUGCCUUCUUCCUCAGGAAACUACGGAACAGUCGGUUUUUGGGUGGCAAGGCCAGAAGAAUCAUUGGGGACUUCGGAAUCCCGAUUUCUCUUUUGGUCUCCGUGUUGGUGGAUUACUCAAUUCCUGACACCUAUACGCAGAAACUCAACGUGCCAUCUGGGUUUUCCGUCACGUCCCCUGACAAAAGAGGGUGGUUCAUCAGCCCCUUUGGUGACAAGCAGCCUUUCCCCACCUGGAUGAUGGGCGCCUCGGUGGUUCCCGCUCUGCUGGUCUUCAUCCUCAUCUUCAUGGAGACUCAGAUCACAUCGCUGAUCGUGAGCAAGAAGGAGCGGCGCCUGGUCAAAGGCUCUGGGUUCCACCUGGACCUCCUGCUUAUCGUCAUCUUGGGUGCCAUCUGUCCGCUCUUUGGGCUGCCAUGGCUGACGGCCGCCACCGUGCGCUCGGUCACUCAUGUCAACGCCCUCACGGUCAUGAGCAAAGCUACUGCACCUGGGGAGAAACCCAUGAUCCAGGAGGUGAAGGAGCAGCGGUUGACCGGGCUCUUUGUGGCUGUACUUGUUGGUCUGUCGAUCGUAAUGACGGACGUGCUGCGCCUCAUCCCGCUGGCCGUGCUGUUCGGCAUCUUCCUCUACAUGGGCGUCACCUCACUGACAGGGAUUCAGCUCUACGAACGCAUCACCCUGAUGGUCACUCCUGCCAAGCACCACCCGGACCACAUCUACGUCACCAAGGUGAAAACAUGGCGAAUGAAUAUGUUCACCAUCAUCCAGCUGGCGUGCAUCGUGGCUCUGUGGGUGGUGAAGUCCACGGUGGCCUCACUGGCGUUCCCCUUCGUCCUCAUCAUGACGGUGCCGCUGCGCCGCCUCAUCCUCUCCAGGAUCUUUGAGGAACGUGAGCUCCAGGCGCUGGACUGCGACGAAGACUCUCCCAACUUCGACGAGGACGGCAGAGAUGAGUACAACGAGAUCCACAUGCUGGUCUGAAACCACCCUUCCUCCCGAACCACAGGCUGCAACUGUGGCAGAGACAUUCUGUGAAAGUGUAAAAUACAGAUGGUUCUUUUUCAAAGUUCAGUUUCAAGAGCACAGCUGCCGUCCGUUCGGGCCCGUUUGCUGGUUGUUUAAAAGUGCCGCCUUCCCUUCCUGUCUCUCAGCAGGCCGCUCUCUGAAUGUCCUACUAGAGUAUGUAAAUAUGACUGACCCCGCCCUCCGUCCCUUUAAUUGCUCUGCAGGUUCUGGGCAAAUGUGCAAUGUUGGUAGUGACCUCCUCAGCAGCAGCUUUCAGGCUACAUCCACACCAAAGCUCUGGAAUUUGAAACAAUAUCUCGGACUGUGUUGGGAGUUUAAGUCCAGACAGCUCGGUUGGGUUUGCUGCAUGAAUUGACAAAAAGUGAAUCGCACAAGUUCGAGCAGAAUUUGGAAUUUAAAUUGUUCCUUUUAUUGAACACCUUAUGAGGAAUAAAAAAAAAAAAUCUCGCAACACAGUUUUGACACUGCACUAUUUAUUUCGGGAGCUUGGGCUUUAGACCGAGUUUGUAUUACGACUUGCUUAUUACUGGCGUCCAUGAAUGACUUCCUGUUAUUUUAAAUUAUUUUAAGAUUUUUCUCACAAACUGGUGCAUCGCAGAAGAAACUGCUGUGCUAAACCUGGACAACACUCUGAGUGACUUAAAUUCAGAGUUACAACACCCUGAGUCUGUGAUACUUGCUGAUCACACGAGCCGUGAUGUUUGAGUCGAUGACUCCUGAUCGAUGGUUUAUUUUGAAUGAGGUUUUCUUUUCCAGCCACCACUUGUUCUUUUGCUCCAAACUGGUCACAUCAAAGUGUUUAUUUUUGACCCGUCCCCGAUGUGUUUGGAAGAAAUAUCAAAGGCCAAAUUGCUAAGACAAUCGUUUUUUCCUGUUGAUACUAUUUUAAAACGGUUUUAAAUCCAAACGUGAAUGUGGAUGUAGCUCUGACUGUUUUCUAUAGAGGGGAAGAUGCAGUCAAUUCCAAAACGUCUGCUGAUAUAUUUUAUUUGAAUGAUUUAACCAGGUUGUUUGGAUUGACCUCAACUCACUGCCUGUGUAGUGCAACUACCCUUCGACCUCUUCAGAGAGACCUGAAGUCAAAACAAAAGAACUUUUCUUUGGGUGAAGAAUAUAGUCCGAACUGGGAAUUUGUUGCCGCCAACCGUCCCGACUCCUCGUGUCAUCCCCACCAAGAGAUUACUGUAAAGCGGUGAUGUUGUGUGGUGUAAAUACAUGCCAGUCCACUGUGACCUCAGAUAUAUAAGUUAUUAAAAAGCUACCAACCUUAGUCUUCUACGUUGUGG